AUGCAUCUCAGUUUGCUGCUCAGUAUUGCAUUUGGCCACCUGGUGUACGCCUAUAGCGGGCAUCAUGGCGCCUACCAUGUUCACCAUCGACGAGAUACAACAACACCAACACCAACAACAACAACAACAACAACGACAGCAGUCAGUCUUUCCGUGCUCCCAAGUCCCGACAAGCCGACCGUGACCGGCACUGUCAGCACCUGCAAUGCCUGGUACGAUGUUGUCGAGGGAGAUUCAUGCUGGAGCAUCACGACCGCGUUGGGGAUCACUCAAGCACAAUUUGAGGAAUGGAACCCAGCAGUUGGGUCUACCUGUCUCGUGGAGGUGGGCGUGUCCUACUGUGUAGGAGUUGGUGCUGUCGUGUCGAGCACAACAAGCUCGGCUUCGACCCCCACAAGUACUACAGGAUCAGUGACGCCGACCUCGUCGUUCAACAGCACGAUUACGGCGAAUACUACCGCGACGAUGACGACGCCUUACUCCAUAUUGUCGUACAAUACAACCACCAACCCAGUCACAAUCACCAAUACAAACUGGCCGCCUAGUGAAACACAGACGGGGCAGCCCAGUUACUGCAAUAACUGGUACCAGGCGACGCAGAACGACGACUGCACGACGAUUGUCUCGCAGUACUCUACAUGGAUGGACUUGGAUGAUUUCCUGGACUGGAACCCAGGUGUGGGAGAAAAUUGCACCAACAUCUACUACGGCUACUGGUACUGUGUCGGCAUUGCACCUCAGACCUCAUAUACCGACAAUGGAACCGCUACAUCGCUGUGGUAUCCCAGCUGGACGUACAGCGCUCCCCCGGCUAUGAACACCUCCUUCUCGCCGAGUCCCGCACAAGCCGGCAUGGCAAGCGACUGUCAAGACUACUAUAUCACAGAGAGUAACGACACCUGCACCAGCAUCGUCUCAUUCCUCGGGUACAUCACUGAGGAGCAGUUCAUCGCCUGGAACCCUGCCGUCGGCACGGACUGCUCUGACAUCCAAUCCGGGUACUACUACUGCAUCUGGAGCGGAACAAGCCUCCCCAUGCCCUCAACAACUGCCACACUCCCGUCUCCCGUGCAGACCGGCAUCAUCUCCACAUGCACGGCGUGGUACCAAGCCACCGAUGGCGACGACUGUACUCUGAUCGUCGACGAGUUUGGCACGUUCUCCGAGUCGGACUUCCUGAGCUGGAACCCGGCCGUCUUGUCCGAUUGCUCGGGACUCGUCGUCGGCGAUUACUACUGCGUCGCUGUGCCGGGCACGCCCACCACGCGGACGGCGUCAGUGAGCGCACUGCCGACGCCCACCACGCCGGCUGGUACUAUCUCUACCUGUGUGAGCUAUUGGUUGGUGGGAACGGGUGAUAACUGUACAACGAUCGCAACCGCCAACGGGAUCUCCACCUCCGAUCUCGUGGACUGGAACCCAUCCCUGGGAUCAAAUUGCACGGGACUCGCGGUGAAUACGUAUAUUUGCGUGGGAGUGCCCAGUAAUGACACAACCACUAUCUCCUCUUCCACGAGCAUCAACAGCAUGACCAGUACAAGUACAGGUGCAACCACGACCACAACCGCUGGAGCAACACCCUCGCCUAUCCAGACCGGCAUGACCACCGGCUGCAUCCGCUUCUACAAAGUCCAAGCAAACAAUGACUGCUACGACAUUGCCCUAGACGCCGGUGUCGCCCUCUCCGACUUGUACGCCUGGAACCCGGCCAUCGGGUCUGAUUGUUCGGGGCUGCAGGCCAACGUCUUUGUGUGUGUUGGGACCUCGGGAUACGCGACGACGAUCACCUCGGGGGAUCCGGUUCCUGUGACGCCUACGCCUACGCAAACAGGGAUGGUAUCCGGGUGUCUCCGAUUUUAUGAUGUGCAGAGCAACGAUGAUUGCUAUGAUCUUGCAAGUGAGGCGGGGGUUCAGCUUAGCGACUUUUACUCAUGGAAUCCCGCAUUGGGGACAGACUGCGCUGGCCUUGAGGCUUCUACGUACGUGUGCAUUGGAACCACUGGGCCCAUCACCACAAUCAACAGUGGAACGCCUGUGCCUGCGACGGCGACGGCGACGGCGACAGCUUAA